UGAUGAAUGGGAGAUUACAGUUUUCACGUCGAGAGCCAUUCUGAAUCUAAACCGCCAACUGCCGCCAAAUGACCGGGGCUUUGUGCCUCUGCGGAGCUCCGCGGGUGUCCUUCCGCCGCAGCCUUCCUUUCCGAGAAUCCGCGCUCUUGCCAGAAAAACUAUAUUUCCCAGAGGCACCAGCGACAGAGAGCGCGGGCUCGGCCAACCCUUCCUUCCUUUGCCCAUCCCCCCACAUCGUCGCAGCGUGAUGAUGCAGACGCGUCGGUCGCUGAGGAGUGACGGUCUUCUGGCUCGCGACCGCGGCGGCCGCCUCAACAGCGGUAAUAGGCGCAAGAGCGGCGGCGACGACGACUGCAGGGACGACGACGGCGGCGGCGGCGGCGGCGGCGGGGCGGGCGCAGCGCGCACAGGGGAGGGGUUGGCGGGCGGCGCCGGCGGCCUGGACUGCGGCAGCGACGGCCAGGGCCGCUGAAGAGGAGCCUCCAGCAGCGGGCGGUCGAGCUAGGCCUCAGCGGUGCCCGGAGCUGCUCGCGCCGGCCUCGGCGGGAGAUCUCCAUAGAGACGGUGACAAACACAAACGCGGGGGUCCGCACGCGGCCGGCGGUCCUCAGCCAGCUCACGGCCUUCAGCCGCCGCCACUGCCUUCCUCGCCGCGCGAACUCUCAUUUCCCGCUCGCUCCCUCGCGGUUCUCGCUGUGUCUGUGUGUCGCCUAGGGCCGGGCGGGGGAGGCCCUCAGGCCGCCGCCUCUGCCUCUCCCGCCCGGGAGCGGUAGUGGGAGGUCGCCCAGGCUCCGCCAUGGCCUCAGGAGCCGGAGGCAUAGGAGGGGGCGGCGGCGGCGGCAAGAUCCGGACGCGUCGUUGCCACCAGGGGCCGGUGAAGCCUUACCAGCAGGGGCGACCCCAACACCAGGGCAUUCUUAGCAGGGUUACAGAAUCUGUUAAGAAUAUUGUACCAGGGUGGCUACAAAGAUACUUCAACAAGAGUGAAAAUGCCUGUAACUGUUCAGUAAAUGCAGAUGAAGUUCCACGUUGGCCGGAAAAUAGAGAAGAUGAGCGUGAGAUUUAUGUCGAUGAGAACACAAACACUGAUGAUGGGAGAAUCACCCCUGAGCCCACAGGCAGUAACACAGAAGAACCAUCAACCACCAGUACUGCUUCAAAUUAUCCAGAUGUAUUAACAAGACCUUCUCUUCAUCGGAGUCAUCUGAAUUUCUCCGUGUUAGAAUCCCCUGCUUUGCACUGUCAGCCAUCCACGUCCUCUGCAUUCCCAAUCGGCAGUUCUGGAUUUUCCCUUGUGAAGGAGAUUAAAGAUUCUACCUCUCAGCAUGAUGAUGAUAACAUCUCAACUACCAGUGGGUUCUCUUCAAGAGCUUCUGAGAAAGAUAUAGCUGUUUCAAAGAACACUUCCCUGCCACCUUUGUGGUCCCCCGAAGCAGAGCGUUCUCAUUCACUCUCACAGCAUACUGCCAUCAGCUCCAAAAAACCAGCAUUCAACUUGUCUGCCUUUGGAACACUUUCCACCUCACUUGGGAAUUCUUCAAUUCUUAAGACAAGUCAACUUGGAGACUCUCCUUUUUAUCCUGGCAAAACAACAUAUGGUGGGGCAGCUGCUGCUGUAAGACAGAAUAAAGUACGAAGUACACCUUACCAGGCUCCAGUUCGAAGACAGAUGAAAGCCAAGCAGCUCAAUGCACAGUCUUAUGGUGUGACCAGUUCAACAGCACGGCGGAUAUUGCAGUCAUUAGAAAAGAUGUCAAGCCCUCUUGCGGAUGCAAAAAGAAUUCCAUCUGCUGUUUCUUCUCCUCUGAAUUCUCCCCUUGAUAGGAGUGGGAUAGAUAGCACAGUUUUUCAGGCAAAAAAGGAAAAGGUGGACUCUCAGUAUCCCCCUGUUCAGAGACUAAUGACCCCAAAGCCAGUUUCCAUAGCAACAAAUAGAACUGUCUAUUUUAAACCAUCUCUGACCCCAUCUGGUGACUUAAGGAAGACUAAUCAAAGGAUAGAUAAAAAGAACAGUACUGUAGAUGAAAAAAAUAUCUCAAGACAAAAUAGAGAGCAAGAAAGUGGCUUUUCAUACCCCAAUUUCAGUAUUCCUGCAGCCAAUGGUUUAUCUUCUGGAGUAGGUGGUGGAGGUGGCAAGAUGAGAAGAGAGAGAACAACACAUUUUGUUGCUUCCAAACCUUCAGAGGAGGAGGAAGUGGAAGUACCAUUGUUACCGCAAAUCUCUCUACCAAUCAGCAGUUCUUCACUGCCCACCUUCAACUUUAGUUCCCCUGUGAUCUCGGCUUCUUCUUCGUCACCAGUCAGCCCUUCUCAGCCAUUAUCAAACAAGGUACAGAUGACCUCUCUGGGCAGCACAGGCAAUCCCGUGUUCACCUUUUCCUCUCCCAUUGUGAAGUCCACGCAGGCAGACGUGCUACCUCCAGCAUCUAUUGGAUUUACGUUUAGUGUGCCUCUUGCAAAAACAGAACUUUCUGGCUCUAAUAGUUCUUCAGAAACAAUUUUAAGUAGUUCAGUUACAGCUCAAGAUAACACUGUAGUGAAUAGUUCAAGCUCUAAGAAGCGAAGUGCCCCUUGUGAGGACCCUUUUACACCUGCAAAGAUCCUGAGAGAAGGAAGUGUUUUAGACAUUCUGAAAACGCCUGGUUUCAUGUCACCAAAGGUUGAUUCUCCUGCUCUUCAGCCCACAACUACAAGCUCAAUAGUUUAUACAAGACCAGCAAUAAGUACUUUUUCUUCUAGUGGGGUUGAGUUUGGAGAAAGUUUAAAAGCUGGAUCAUCAUGGCAGUGUGACACAUGUCUACUCCAGAACAAAGUCACAGACAAUAAGUGUAUAGCCUGUCAAGCAGCAAAACUGCCACUGAAAGAAACUGCUAAACAGACUGGAAUUGGGACACCAAGCAAAAGUGACAAGCCAGCUUCUACAUCAGGGACAGGUUUUGGAGAUAAAUUUAAACCAGCAAUAGGAACUUGGGAUUGUGAUACCUGUUUAGUGCAAAAUAAGCCUGAAGCAGUAAAAUGUGUAGCCUGUGAAACACCCAAACCUGGCACUGGUGUGAAGCGAGCCCUUCCAUUGACGGUGGCUUCAGAAAGUCCUGUGACUGCUUCCUCUUCUACCACCGUGACCACUGGUACACUAGGAUUUGGAGAUAAAUUCAAAAGGCCUGUGGGAUCUUGGGAGUGUCCAGUAUGCUGUAUUUCUAAUAAGGCAGAAGACAGCAGAUGUGUCUCCUGUACAUCUGAGAAACCAGGUUUGGUAUCUGCCUCAAGCAGCAACCCUGUCCCUGUCUCUCUGCCUUCUGGAGGCUGUUUAGGAUUGGACAAGUUUAAAAAACCAGAGGGAAGCUGGGACUGUGAAGUAUGCCUAGUGCAAAAUAAAGCAGACUCUACCAAGUGCAUAGCUUGUGAAAGUGCAAAGCCAGGCACAAAGUCUGAGUUUAAAGGCUUUGGGACAUCUUCAUCUUUAAAUCCAGCACCCUCAGCCUUCAAAUUUGGUAUUCCAUCAUCCUCUUCUGGGCUUUCUCAAACUUUUACAAGCACUGGAAAUUUUAAAUUUGGAGAUCAGGGAGGAUUCAAAUUAGGCACUUCAUCUGACUCUGGGUCUACAAACACCAUGAAUACAAACUUUAAAUUUCCUAAACCAACUGGAGAUUUUAAAUUUGGAGUAUUACCUGAUUCCAAACCUGAAGAAAUAAAAAACGACAGCAAGAAUGAUAAUUUUCAGUUUGGACCUUCUUCUGGCUUAAGCAAUCCAGCGUCUUCAGCUCCAUUUCAGUUUGGGGUAUCUACUCUCGGACAGCAGGAAAAGAAAGAGGAGCUGCCUCAGUCUUCAUCUGCAGGCUUCAGUUUUGGUGCAGGUGUUGCUAACCCCUCUAGUGCUGCUAUUGACACCACAGUGACCUCAGAGAACAAGAGCGGCUUCAACUUUGGAACCAUAGACACUAAGAGUGUCUCAGUGACUCCUUUCACGUACAAGACAACAGAAGCAAAGAAAGAAGACGCGUCUGCUACCAAGGGUGGGUUCACAUUUGGUAAAGUGGACUCUGCCUCUUUGUCAUCUCCCUCAAUGUUUGUGUUGGGAAGGACAGAGGAGAAACAGCAAGAACCUGUUACUUCUACUUCUCUGGUAUUUGGAAAGAAAGCCGACAAUGAGGAGCCAAAGUGUCAACCAGUAUUUUCCUUUGGAAAUUCAGAGCAAACCAAAGACGAGAGUUCCUCCAAGCCGACCUUCAGUUUCAGUGUGGCAAAACCAUCUGUGAAGGAGUCUGAUCAGCUGGCCAAGGCUACUUUUGCAUUUGGAAAUCAAACCAAUACAACAACUGAUCAAGGUGCAGCAAAGCCAGCUUUUAGCUUCUUGAACAGCAGUUCCUCUAGUUCAAGUGCGCCGGCCACUUCAUCCAGUGCUAGCAUAUUUGGUAGUUCCACCUCUUCCUCCAGCCCGCCUGUGGCGGCAGCCUUUGUGUUUGGACAGGCCAGUAAUCCUGUCAGCAGCUCCGCCUUCGGAAACUCUGCCGAGUCCAGUACAUCUCAGCCUUUGCUCUUUCCUCAAGAUGGCAAACCAGCCACCACGUCCAGCACUGCCUCAGCUGCCCCUCCAUUUGUAUUUGGAACAGGAGCCAGUAGUAAUAGUACUGUAUCUUCUGGGUUCACUUUUGGGGCUACAACCACAUCAAGCUCUUCAGGAUCCUUCUUUGUAUUUGGCACUGGACAUUCAGCACCAUCUGCCAGUCCAGCAUUUGGUGCUAACCAGACUCCAACAUUUGGACAAAGUCAAGGUGCCAGCCAGCCUAACCCUCCAAGCUUUGGCUCUAUAUCGUCUUCAACAGCAUUAUUUUCUGCUGGUUCUCAGCCUGUACCACCACCUACAUUUGGGACAGUGUCAAGCAGCAGCCAACCUCCUGUGUUUGGACAGCAGCCUAGUCAGUCUGCAUUUGGCUCUGGGACAGCCAAUGCUAGUUCGGUUUUCCAGUUUGGCAGCAGCACUACAAAUUUCAACUUCACAAACAAUAAUCCAUCAGGAGUGUUCACAUUUGGUGCAAGUCCCAGCACGCCUGCAGCCGCAGCCCAGCCCUCAGGUUCGGGGGGCUUUUCAUUCAGCCAGUCUCCAGCAUCAUUUACAGUGGGGUCAAAUGGGAAAAAUAUGUUCUCUUCCUCCGGAACUUCAGUUUCUGGUCGCAAGAUAAAGACUGCUGUUAGACGCAAGAAAUAAAGGUCAAAAAGGUGUUAUACCCAACAGUUUUAUCAACAGCUGGUGCCCUGCUUUCAGAUACUGGAUUGUACUACAUGCUGGGCUUAUCUGCAGUCAGAUCUGCCUAAGGACUUCUUUAGUUUUGGAAUUGUCCUCUUUUUUUUUUUUUUUUUUUUCCCCUCUUUAUGGAAGUCCUGUCCCCAUAACCCAUUCUCUUUUGAAAAUAAUAGUUAGACUGGUGACUGACUGAUUCUUCAGCAGAAACAUUUUAUGAUCCAGCACAUUAUUCACUGAUUGGCAUAGUCUGGCUGUACCCAGGAAUAGAGCCUGCACGGUGAAUGGCUUUGUAUAGAACCUGUCUGCACCGCUAUGUGCAUUGAUAAAGCGUUAAUGGAGCGCAUUGAAAUUGUAAUUAUAUCUGGGGAAUUCUGUAUAGAUUAGAAUCCUGUAUAGACUAGAGGAUGUUGAAAUGAAUGAUUUCUAUGCGGAGUUUGUGGUGGUGUAUGUGUGAAGUAAGUUGGAUGUAUUGUGCACAGAAAAAUUCUGAUAGAGAAAGCCUGAUUAAAGAAUGGUCCAUCCUAAGGACUUGUUAGAUCUAGUUCAUUCUCCAUUUAAUAAGUAUAUGCUAUUUCUAUAUUUUCAUUCUAUCAACUGUCUUGCCUUUUUCAUUAUUUUAUUAUGAAACUUCUGUAAAUACAAUUUUGUUUCUGUACUUUUUUGGCAUAACAUAAAUCUGUGAACUUGAAAUUUUAAUUUUAUGUUAGACAUAUUUUUGUUGUUUGUUUAGUCUUGUCUCAGAUUUUAUUAUGUAAAUCCCAUUAUUCAAAGUUGCCUAAAUCCAUUUGGAAAUCUUUAAAAAAAAAAUUGGGGAUUCUUAAAGUUGAAUUUAUUGGCUUUUCUGAUCCAGUUUUGUUUGGACCAAAAACCAGUAUUGUACAAAGUAUUAAGCAUAUAUUUUUAUAUUUACUGAAAUGGACUGUGGUGACUUUGGAUAAUAAGGAAAAAGUUUAAUAUUAAAGCCAUGUUUAUUACAGUAUAAUUAACAUGUUAAACCAUGGGAUAAAUGCCAUCAAUAAAACUUUAUGAAGCAAGUUUUGUUAACAGUUUUCAUAGUGAAGGCAUACAAUAUUAAUGGGAAGGGUGGAUGAUUAGAAAUCCCAAAGGGUAUGUAUUAGUAUGGCCCCAGAGUUAUUAGAGUUUGCAGUACACAGAAGAGCCCCUUUCUGCCUGCUUCUGUCUUUACUUAAUUUGCACAUAUAUUUUCCCUUUAAAAUUUUUACAUAAACAUACAGCCCUUUCUUUUUGUACUUCUA